GACGGGCAGGGCCCUCAAGAACCUCCGCGCGCAGAGCCGGACCGCCAUCUACGCCAUGAGCGCGCUGCUGCUGCUGGUGCUGCGCGCGGGCCGCGGUUGGCGCGCGGGUGUCCCCGCCGCGGCCUGCCUGCAGUUGGCGACUAGCGCCGGGACCCAGCCGCGCCGUGCUAUGGCCCAGUACCACACCGAGGAGCGCGGAGAGCCCUGCUCGCAUAAUUACCGCCUCUUCUUCAAGAACGUAACUGGUCAUUACAUUUCCCCUUUUCAUGACAUUCCUCUGAAGGUGAACUCUAAAGAGAAUCUAUUUAAUAUGAUUGUAGAAAUACCUCGGUGGACAAAUGCUAAAAUGGAGAUUGCCACCGAGGAGCCACUGAAUCCAAUUAAACACUAUGUGAAGGAUGGAAAGCUACGCUAUGUGGCCAAUAUCUUCCCUUACAAGGGUUAUAUAUGGAACUAUGGUACCCUCCCUCAGACUUGGGAAGAUCCCUGUCAAAAAGAUAAGAGUACAAACUGCUGUGGAGAUAACGAUCCCAUUGAUGUUUGUGAAAUAGGCUCAAAGAUUCUUUCUUGUGGAGAAGUUAUUCAAGUGAAGAUCCUCGGAAUUUUGGCUCUUAUUGAUGAAGGUGAAACAGAUUGGAAAUUAAUUGCUAUCAAUGUGAAUGAUCCUGAAGCCUCAAAGUUUCAUGAUAUUGAUGAUGUUAAGAAGUUCAAACCGGGUUACCUCGAAGCUACCCUUAAUUGGUUUAGAUUAUAUAAGGUACCAGAUGGAAAACCAGAAAACCAGUUUGCUUUCAAUGGAGAAUUCAGAAACAAGGCUUUUGCUCUGGAAGUUGUUAAAUCUACUCAUCAGUGUUGGAAAGCAUUGCUUAUGAAGAAGUGUAAUGGAGGGACUAUAAAUUGGCUGGAACACAAUGGCACAAUCUCAGCUCACUGCAACCUCCGCCUCCCAGGUUCAAGCGAUUCCUCCGCCUCAGCCUCCCAAGUAGCUGGGACUACAGCACAAAUGUGCAGGUAUCUGAAAGCCCUUUUUGUUGCACUCAAGAGGAAGCAAGAUCAUUAGUUGAAUCGGUAUCAUCUUCACCGAAUAAAGAAAGUAAUAAAGAAGAGCAAGUGUGGCACUUCCUUGGCAAGUGAUUGGAACAUUUGAAAUUCUGCUGUCAAGAUUCCAGUCUCUAAGGACUUCAAGACUCUUUUUUUUCCCAAGUGCCAGAGACAAGGCGGGUCUAUGAGAAUUUACUGACUUCUGUCGAAACUUCAUUUUUUUUCAAACCUUUUGAGAUAUGCAAUAUAUAAAUGAACAGCAAGAUUUUUGAAUUACUCUCCUUUGGACAUUUAUUGAUAUUUUGUUUAAUUUCCUAGCACAAAUUUAGAGGCAUUGAGUUGACCAUUUCUAGUUUCUAUACCUAAAGGAACCCAAUGAUUUUAUUAGUUUUUCUUUCUAUAGACUGGAUGUAAAAAUCACAAAUUCAAUAAAUUUAAAAAAUUUGUGUA